CAUGUUUAUCUAAUUGAUUUCUCACAACAGGAUCGGUAUUUAAACAUACCACAGUAAUUUCACUUCACUGUUUACUUCGAUCAACGGUUUUCAAAAUGGAUUUAAAACGUCAGUUUAUUUUUACAGCAAUGCUAUUACUUACUUUUAUAUUUUUUGGGACUGUCUCAAGUCAAACCUAUGAAAAUGCGACUAAUUUAAGGUCAGCUCUGUUGUCUAACUAUCAUAAAGAUGUUCGACCAAUGAACAAUCAGUCUGAUAUAUUACAUGUUAACGUGACACUGGAUUUAUUUGGAAUACCUGAGGUGGAUGACGUCAAGGGUGUUAUAACCAUUACUGUAGCGACACAAUGUGUGUGGAUAGAUGAGCGCAUGACAUGGAACCCCUCGGAUUACGGUGGUAUUUCUAAAAUACCAAUUCUUAUAAGCGAAAUUUGGACACCUUCCAUAUCACUGGGAACACCAGUCGAAUUCGCAACAAUGGGCUCAUCAAACAAUCAUGUUAUAUUCUACGCUAAUGGUCUUGCUGUGUUUUAUCCAGGAGCUGUCUUGAAAAGUUCGUGUGGAUUUAAUAUGAAAUUUUGGCCAUUCGAUAAACAAGUAUGUGAAGUUGGAUUCUUUUCAUUGGACUAUGGCCUUGAUCAAGUUUUAUUUUCAAUUCCUCUUGGGGUGAGAACAACUUCCUACACUCCAAACACAGAAUGGACGCUCGAGAAAACGGAACAUUACGUCUCGAACGGAACUGCAUUUUCAAUGGCAAAAUUUAGAUUUAAAUUCAAACGACAAUCGCUUUUCUAUGUACUAACAAUUAUUUUACCUAUAAAUGGGAUCGCAGGACUGACUUGUCUUGUUUUUCUUCUACCGAGUGAGUCUGGAGAACGAGUUAGCUAUGCAAUAACAAUCAUGCUUUCACUUGCUGUUUUCUUGACUGUUGUAUCUGCUGAAAUGCCAAAAUCUUCCGAACCUAUCUCGUUAAUGUGUUGUUAUAUCCUUGUUGGAAUAUGCGUGAGUGUUAUCGGAACUGUUUUAGCCAUUCUGAAUUUAGCCAUCUACCACAGAAACGAGAACAUUCCAAAGCGACAGUGGUAUAUUUCACUUGUUCUUUUCACACGAUGCAAAAGGCACAGCAACAAAGUUCAAGAUGAACCGGAAGAAACAGAUGACCUAAAAGUUACAAAGUACACAGACGUAUCUAAACAACUGUUCGUUAAAACGAAAAGCAAGACCAAUGUUUUGUCUGUAAAGUCAGUUACACCUGAGCAUGCACAUCAAGAUGACAUAACCUGGCAUGAUGUUAGUUGUGCUAUUGAUAAAUUGUUGUUUUAUGCAAUGAUACUCCUUACUUAUAUACCAUCCAUUGGUUUCCUGAUAUAUCUCGGAGCAGCCUCUGAUUAUCAAAAAUGAUAAACAUAUUGAUGCACACUUUGACAGAACGUUACUCAUAUAUCGACAAUCACAACUUGUUUUUGGACUACCCCAUAAUUUCAACCUGAGUUUAUUUCAUUGUAUCUCUAUUAUAAUUCCAUAACAGGUAUUAUGCACGCUAUACUUUUAAAUAACAGCUACUGGACUUUUAUAAUAACUCCUUAUGUAAGAUUUUAUUCUACAAGUUGAAGGGCCUCACUCGCACUAGUAGCGAGUUUUAUAACUAAACAUUUUUAGAAAAUAAUUGCUCUCUUAAAUUAUCACGUGCACUUAUGAUUACUGUUAAAUUAUCGAGCGAUACAUUUUUAUCUUAACAUGUGAUUGUUAAAUUUUAACAUAUGAUAUCAAAUAUUUAGUGGCAGCUUCACGAAGUCUAUUUAGGACAUAGUCGGAAUUAGAUGAAAAUUAAAGUUGAUUUAUUUUUAUUUUUCGUUUACUCUUCGACGUAGGCAUUACAAACAUGUGACAAUCAAAACGAUAUUAAUACGAUAUUAAUACUAUCUAAGAAAGAAGUGUGUUUGAAGAGCCCAUAAACAAGCGAAAACUAAAGACGAAACAAAUGAACUUUUGCAAAAUAGGUCCCUUCUCUAUUUACGUAUCUAAUGUCACUUUUUGUCUUCAUUAUGUGACCUUGAUUAUUGAACGGAAAAUAUAUUUUAAUGUUGUGUGAAAAAUAAAUUAAGCAAGAUACAUGUGCAUUUUAACCUACAAUAGCAAUCGGCUGUGUGACGAUGCUUACAUUUCAUAUAUGAUGUCAAAAGCGUGUACAUUAAUUAAAAAAAAGAACUUAUUUAAAUACCUGACAUUCAUAAUAAAACUUUAAACGAACGUCAAACUAGCAAAAUUCAUAUUCAUUUGGAAAGUUGAUAAUUCUCACUGGUUACAGGAAGAGCUUGGUAUAUUAGGUUAAAAGCUAUAAUUUUGCUCCAGCCCUUUUUUACACACGCAUCUAUUUCAGCUGGAUUUUUAUAUGACCAACCAGUUCCUUCGGUGACUGCCUUAAACAGGUUUUACUAUAGCGGUAAUCUUGCAAAUUAAUAUUUAUAUUAGUAAAGCACUCGUUUGUGAAGAAAUACAUAUUAAACAAUAACACCAUAUUAUAUUCUAAGUAAAUGUGGUUCAGAACUUGCGUUUUUACUUUGGCCUGUAUUUGAAUAUUCGAACCGAUGAAACAAUCUUUUUAAUCUUUGUUGGUGUUAUUGUUGUCUUGUAUUCAUGCUUUAGUUAUGAUAUCCGGAUGGGUCUUAUCUUAAUCGUAAAAAGCUGUAAUUAAAUUGUUACUUUGAGUUUUGCAGUUCUGAACAUGGUUGAAUAAGAUCUAAAUAUAUUAUACGGCUUUAUUUUUUAUAUCAAACCUGUACUUCAUAAAGUAAUCAAUUCUUCCAUUCAAUCUAUUAUACAUUAUUAUCACUAUUUUUAUCACAUAAUUGUUUUUGGCAUUUAAUACCUUCAAGAAGCAUUGCACGAGCCCAUUUCCUGUCAUCAAUGCCAGUUAAUUGUUUUGUUUCUUUUUUGUUUCGUUCGGAGUCGCAACGACACAAUGUAUGACAAGUAAACAUAAUUAUCAAAGAUUAUCUGUUAACGUGCCUGUUGUGAAUCGUUCGAUAACGAUGUUGAAUUUCCUUGAAUCAAUUUUCCAUGUUCUUGUUAUCGACCUAAGGCUUGAGGUUUUCCGGUUUUCAAUAUUGGGGGUAAGCCAGUGCAUAAAUUUAUGACAGGCUAUAUAUUGCCUAACAUCUUUCAGAAUAAACACGUUUUUCAUCUUGUGUUUAAAGAAAAAAAUAAAAAAAAUAUAUAUAGUAUUUUGCUGGCGACAUAACAAUGCUUUUUAUCUGUUUAUGCGUGUUCUGACAGCGGUAAGGCAUUGUAGGAUAGCCAUUUCUAAAUUUGUAGACCGAUCUAAUGAAUUCUUCAGCUUUCGAAUAUAUAAUUUUAUAUAAACAAAGUGUUUUUUCUGUGACUGUAUUGUGUUUUAUUAGUUUUCUGCAUACAAACAUUUUAAACUUUUUGCAUUUAAUUCGAUCUUUGUGACAAUCUUGCGUGUAAGAAAGUACAAAUAGUAUUUACAGCUCAUUAAUUCAAUUUAGUCAAGGCUCGUUGUUUUCAUUAUCAGGCUGAAUAUUUGCUCUGCUUUUAUGUAAUUGAAUUAAUUAUUAAUUAACAGUGCGAAAGGGCUGAUUUAAAUCAAACUGUCAGUGUUCUGCUACAUAGUUCUGUGGCAUUAGAUAAACACUGUUUAAUUCAAUACAAUUCACUUUAGAUAUUUGAGUACGCUUUUUAAAAGAUAUUUUUGUCUCUGGGUAUCACUUUAACAAAACUAUAGUAAAAGGUUAAUUGUGUGAUUUUCUGAUCCGACGCCAAAGUGAGCAUGCACACAUUCAAUCACAAAGCAUGUAAAUGCUUUGUGUGCUUUAUGCUUUAUCCAAUUCUUUGGACUGUUGUGAAUAGGUAAACUCAAUUCCUAAAUGUUGUGGAAAUUCCAGUUCAGUAACAUUUAUUCCUGCACACCAGACUGGUUUCAGUUGAUUUUGCCCAUGCCGGCAAGAACACACCUCUCGCUGGUAAAAUGUGAUAAAACUCGAAUACCUUGAUAAUUGCUUUUCGUUAUUUAUAGUAUAUUUCUCGAUUCAAAAAAUACGUCAUGGAAAAAAACUAACGUUCAGUUACAAUAGAUAAAACUAAACGGGAACUUUGUUGUUGCGCAACUAUCAUAUAAUAUACCAUAAAACCAUAGCUAACCUUUACGAAUGAUGUCUUCGAUUAACUCAAAACAUUAUGGUAAAAUCUCUCUCUCUUUUCAUUUUUAAUUAAUUUUGCUCAAAUAUAUCAUAUUAAAGAUGAACAAUGAUCCUGUAUAGUUUUACGAAUAUGUGAAUAAGGUUGAAGAAGUAAGUGGUUAUAUAGAGAUGGUACAUAAGGUUACGUAUACAAUGACAACAACAACAAGAAAUCAAGUGCAAAACUGAAGUGCUUUUGUCACAAUAGCAAUAUUUCAUCAUAGCACCGUGCAGUAAAUACGGGAACUUUUGACAGCGACAUCGGCUUCGCUUCGCAAACGAAGUUUGUAAAACGUUGAGGAAUUCGAUGUCAUAAAAUCCAUAUAGUAUGUUUAUAUUUUUCUCAUAAAUAAUGUUUUCUUUCCUAUACCAUACCUGUAAAUAAUCGGCAGUAAUAAACAAAAAAUGUCUUUGAACAAGUGCGGUUGAAAAUAAAAGAUAAUGCUCAACUUUCCUGUUUGAAUGAUUAUUCAUAAAUCUUGAAGUAAACUAUAUUUUUGGGAAGCACAUCCGAAUCUAUGCAUUCAUUGUUCAGAUAACUAAAUAGCCCGGGAAGAGUUAUCUGUCACUGGCUUCACUUUUCCAAGCAGGACCAAAUUUUUCAGAUUGAAUACUGCCUUUCAGCAUGAAAAAUGAAGUAUGAAAGUUAAACCAAUAUAUAACUAAGGUACUCCGGUUUUAAGUUUUCAACAAAAAGUAAUAUCAGAUGCAGAUUGAAUUUCUAGGUACCAUCUCUAGAUUAUAUAAUUUUGUAAUUUAAGUAACGUAGUUCACGCCAAGAGAUUCUUUUGGUAAACGUCUUUCGAGCCGAUCUGCACAAGUGGUUAAAGUUGCUACUGUAACAUCAUUUGUAAACCGCGUGAUUCAUUCUGUAUUGUGUGUAAAUCUAAGAUGGCUUGUUACUCUUCCCAAGUGCCACCCUAUCCUACCAAAUCAUGUUUGAAAUAACACCGAAUGGAGACGUGGAGUCACAAUAUAAUACGUGUACUGGUUAGUUUCAAAUACAAAUAAGACAAUGACAGAUGAUAAACACCUACAUCAUUUUUAAUUAUUGUUAUUAUUCUUUCUUUGUUGUUGUUGUCUUUUUCCUUUUUUAAUACAGGUGAGUUUCUGACAAUGAAUAAAUAGGAAGUAUCUUGCUCUUUUGGUAAACUUUUCUUUCUCCCUAAUCUCUUCCUUCUUUAAGUGCAAAUGAUUUGUGAAAAUCUUUGAAAAUACUUUGUAUGUAUAUUUUUUAAUGUUGUUGUUAUUAUUGUUAUUGUUGUUGUUGUCAACUUUAGAUCAUGCUGUUAAUAAAUAUGCAUAUCAUUUUCAUGCUAUGCACACUUUGUAUGUUACAUUUCUUAAAUGAUACGUUUAUAAAAAACAUUUUUUAUUUUUAUUAUUAUCUUCAUCAUAAUCAUCAUCACAAUUAUCAAAUUAUAGCUAAUUCCAAUUUUCAGGCAGUUUCUCACGUUGCUCUUACUUUAAAAAAGUGUCAUUAUGCGCAUCUUACCGAACAUAUUGUGUUUUGAUAAAUGUUUUAUGUAUUUUGGUUGCUGUGCAUUUAAAUGUGUUAAAUUAACGAUAAUGCUGCAUAAGUAUUUGAAGCUGGUUAUUUAGAAAUAAAGAAAUUGGACUAAUAAAAUAAUAAUUCUUGUC